AUGGAAAACGUCGAAGAGAGUUCACGUGACGAUGAAUUACAUGCUACUAAUGUUAAACUAUACGUGAAACCAACAACAUGUAAUGACAGUCGAAAUUUGACAGAGCAAAUUUGUCCGGCAUUACUAAUUCGAUCACCGAAAGCAAUUCCAAAAGUGGUAAAGCAUAUUUACAAUCAUUUAGCUGCAUAUUCAUCUCAUAUUGAUGAAAGUAUUCCGGAUGUUAUCAUUUCGUUAAUUGCCGGUGAAAAUAUUAUCGAUUUACAGAAGCAAAAACAAAUCGAGAAAGCUCUACUACAAAUUAUUCUAAAUUGUAAUUCAUGGAUUGUAAUAUCGGGUGAAGCGCGUGAUCCGUUAUCUUCUGCUGCUGCUAAAAUUAUACAUGCUAAAGAAUCUUUGAAUUUAACAAAUGUGGAAACAUUAUUGCUAGUUGUGAAUGAUAUUAGUUGUACGGCAAAUGAACAACAAUCUUGUCAUAUACCAAUGAUUGAUACUCAAUGCAAAACAAUCAUGAUACUAUGGAUGGAACAAUUAAUUUCAGCUGAGAAAUUUGCAUUAUUCAGAAGUCUUAUCACCGCAAAACUCUCAACACCACCAUCUGCAUCACUAAUCGAAGUACCACAAAGUGGUACUACUACUUAUCAAUCAUCAUUGCCAACUGCAAGCUUAUUAUCGCUUAAUGAACAUGAGAAUUUACCAGUACCGAUAGCAUUAUUCUGUGGAAGUGAACUAUCAUCACUUGCUGAACUUCGAGCGCAUUUGCAAUGUGGCAUACCAGUAAUCGUUUUGCAGGAUGGUAGUGAAUUAUGUGCAAUAUUGAAUAAUUCCUGGUUACUGUAUCGCAGUUCAGUAUUUCAUUUCGAAAAUUGGUUGGAAUGGUUAGAUUUGGAAUUGCAUAGUUUAGCACCAAAUAGUCUUCCGCAUGAUAGUAAAUUAAUUGAAGAAGCUAAGGAAAAUAUUAUUACUUCACUGGCUAUUGGUUGCGGUGAAUUACCAUUACUAGAUUUUAUCCUCAUUAAACAGAUUGGUAAUUUACGUGACCAUUUUCUAAAGUUAUAUAUGCAAAGUAUUAUUGAAACGAAUGAUAUCCAUCGUUUACUACGACUUGCAGUAAAACUCAAUGUUCCAUCGAUCAUUUUAUCCACCGAUCUAUCAACACAUUAUGCUACUAACACGGCCAUUAAUGAUCUUUUCGAAGAAGCCUUACUAUUAGAUAAUCGAUUGGUCAUUCUGGCAGCUAUAUUGGAGCAAAAUAUUUCAUUAAAAGUUACACUAAAUUUGUUGACAAAAAUGAUGCGGCAUGCUUCAGAUCAAGCAUUUUUUAAUAAUAUCAUUGUGUCGCAUUAUAUUGGACGAAAUGCGCCAAUUGAUAAAAUUGAUAUUGCUUUCAUUGAACAAUUGGAACAACUUCUGGUUUAUUUAUCUGGUGGUAUUAAGAAUUUACUGCCAUCAUCAUAUUUUCAUCAAUCUAAUUUAAGCAAUGAAAAUCAAUGGCUUCAAAUAUUAGCAAUAUGGUCGGUGCUGCUGAAUCGUCUUGAAUUAGCAAAAUGUUUAUGUGCAUAUUCAUUUGAACCGAUAUCAUUAGCUAUAAUUCUUGCACGAAUUUGUAAUUCGCUUGCUUUUCAGGUACAUGAUUAUCUUCUGUAUGAAAAUGAUUUGAGAAGAGCAGCAAGAUGGUUUAGUACUCAUGCAAAUGCAGUAUUAGAUAUUACAAAUACUGAAUCACCGGGAGAAACUUAUCGCUUAUUAUGUUUGCCAUUAGAAUUAUUUGGUGGACUAACAUUAACAGAACUUGCACUUCAGACAAACAAUAAACAAUUCGUCACUCAUCGAUGUUGUCAAAAAUGGAUUUAUCGACUUUUGUAUGGAAAAUUACAGGUUGUUUGUUCGAAUGGUUCCAUAUUUUUACCAGAUUGGUUAAAAAUUUUGCUUUCAUCAAUACUGAUAAUUCCAAUUCAAUGGUGGAUACGAUAUCGUAUACCAGAAAAUCAUUUUUCUAAUCAAAUCACAACUAUCAAUCCCACAAUGGCACUUCUGCAAUUUCAUAGACAACAAAAUACUUCCAUUUAUAGCUCCAAUAAAUGUAUGCAACAUGAUGAAGUUAUUGCGCCAGCUAUGCAUAAUAAACGAUCAACAGAUGAAACAUCAGCAAAUUCUUGUUUUCUAAUAGACGGUUCUCAAUCAGCGAAAGAUUUGAUGCUAAGAGCAUUUGAUCCGGUUGCUCCGAUACCAAAGAUGAAAUCGGAUCAAAAAGAAAUUCAACGGCAAUUUUCCACUUUAUCUCUCAGAACAUUCUAUUCUACACCCAUCGUUAAAUAUUGGCUUUCUCUUGUUUUUCGACUAAUUCAUAUAGUUUUAUUCGCAUAUACUAUAUCAUUACCUGGUUGUGGAUCACUUAUUUUGGAUACUUUAAUAUGGCUUUGGACAUUUUUAUCGCUCAUCGAAUCGAUUUGGGUAUUUUCAAAUCGUAUUCAGCGAGCUCCUUUACGUCAGCUUCGUUGGCGUUUCUUUGAUAUUAUUGUGAUAGCUUUGAAUCUUCUAAUUAUACUCACCCUGAAAGUGCUUUCUUUAAUGAUCCCAAUCAGUUCUAUGCCAUUUCAUACACCGUAUGCUACUCGAAUUUCGUCGGCAUUUCUAUUACUUUAUUUGUGUUAUUCAACAUUAUUCUACUUUGUUCCGUUAUCGCAAACAUUUGGCGCUUUUGUCGUACGGGUUAAACUUAUGAUUAUCAGGGAUUUUUUCAAUUUUUUGAUACUCAUCGGUUUAGUUGUUGGAAGCAGUGCAAUAGCAGUUCGUUCAUUACUGUACCCGGAUCAACCUUUAACAUUCUUAUUAAUUUCAAAAGCAUUUUCUUGGGCUUGGAUUUCAUUAUUUCAAAUUCAAUAUGAUGGACUUCAAGAAUCAGAAUAUUGUAAGAAGGCAUAUCUUGGCGAUUAUCAUAAUCGUGACCGUUGUAUGGCAAUUAGCGGUUUUAACGAUUAUAAUUGUCCAACUCAAAAUUGGUUUGGGCAUUUAGCGGUAUUGGAGUAUUUCAUUAUUGUCAAACUAAUUUGCUGGCCAAUACUUUUUGCUUUUUUUUCCAAAACAGCCAAAGAAGUAGAUGAUAAAGCAGAGAAAAUUUGGAAAUAUCAACUUUAUUCAUUGGUUGAAGAUUUAAGAUUUCGUCCAUCACUACCACCACCAUUUACACCAAUUUUCUUCCUCGGUGCUUCAUGUUGUCGAGCAUGUGAUUGUUUUCGUAAUUCAUGUCAUAGUUCAAAUAUGAUCAAUUUGGAUCAUCCGGAUAUUGUUCACAAUCAACAAACUGCAAAAUUAUUCAAUAUUAAAAAUCGAUUUGCAAAUAAUACAAAUCAAAAUAUCUUUUCGGUUGAAUGUAUAUUUUUGAACUCACAAUUUAGGACAAAAUCUAUAAAUCUAUGGAAUGAAAGUAUGAUCACAUCAGCAAAUUCAGAUGGUAUUUUUAAAUGUGACAGUGAAAAUUGUCAAUUGGAAGAACAAAUUCGAUUACUUACCGUAUCACAAUAUUUUUCGACAACUUCUAAAGGCGCAAAUGAUACCUGGAAUAAUUCAUCCGAAAGUGUACUAUACGAUGAGAUAGCAAAUAUUCGGAAAUUAAUGAUUGCGGAAAAAUAUCGACCUCAUAAUAUUUUGAUAUCAAAUUACUAUCCACCAUUUUAUUGCAAACCUAUUGAUGAUUUCCCAAGUGAUGUACAAAAAUAUGUUGAUAUUUCAACACUUGAGAAUUUAAUCUUAAUAAGAAAAUAUUGGAAACGAUGGCAACAAAAUAAAAUGGUAGAAUUAUUCGUACUUUCACUACCAUUUACGAUUAAUGCAUCCGGUUUACCUAUGAAUCCAAACGGUCGACAAGGUAUUGCCGGACGUGGAAAUCAUCUAAAAUUUGGCGUUAACUUACUAAGCGUUUACGUUUUAAUACGAAGAACCAGUAAUAAUCAUUUAAUGAUUUUACUGGAAGGAAAUACAUUUCCAACUCGUUGGCGAUUAAAUAGCGGGUAUUAUGACGAAGAACUUCAAUUAAUUUUACGAAAUUAUUUAUUCAAUGAAUUGGAUAUUCAGGCUUUCUGCAGUCAGAAUUUGUUAAAUAUUGGUGAAAUAAAUAAUGAUGUAGCACAUGUGAAACGUGUAUCAAUAGUUGACGUACGUGAUACGGAUAAUGCAUGGAUUGAGCAUGAUAUAUGGGCAAUUUUUCUUCGAUCGCAAGUGUCUGAUACAUUACCAACAUCUGGGACAUUAAAUUGGCGAAGUUAUAAUGAAGAUGUUUUAUCGAUCCGUGAUCGAGAAUAUCUCAAUGCUUCCCUACCAUUCUUCAUUGAUAUUCAGCAAUGUAAAACCAUAUGA